GAGAAGGAGAGAAAACUUGUCCCUAAAGAAAACCCUAGAGAAGGCGGCGAGGCAGAGGAGAGAGGGGGCAAGCCGGGAGAUGUCGAUCUUGUGGGAGAAGAGCUCGGCGUGGCGGUGGCUGGUGCGGCGGACGCGGGACUCGAAGCCCUUCUUCUUCACCUUCGCGGCGCUCUGCGGCGUCGUCCCGGGCGUGGUGGGCUACGGCGUGAUGCAGCUCACCAGCUCCCGCAACGACAAGCUCGAGACCCACCUCCGCUCCACUGCUCGUCCGGAAACCACGAUGAUGGGGCAAGUGAACAGGGAGAGACUGGCAGAGUAUCUUGGCGAGCUGCAAAGGAAAGAGGACACAAAUGACAGGUACGUUGCUGCUCUUAAAGGGGAGACACUGACAAGGAAACGCUAUGAACGAAUUCAGCCUGUUGACCCCCAAGCCGCCCAGGAGAAUGCCAAGGCAAAGUGAUUGACUUCGUAACGAGAUGUGCUAUACGAAAGCAGUGAACAUAAGAAUACCGAGUGUUCAUUUGCAAUAUUGUUCAACUCUUGUAAAGUUUUUGACAUGUGUUUUGCGAUAAAACAUUUUCGUACUCUUAAUAAUCUGUUCAGUCGACAUUCUAUUCUUGUGGUUGCAUCAGAUUUUUUGGCUUAUUUAGACCUGUUGCCUUUUGCUCUUUUUUUCAUUUCAAUAUCAAUAAACUUGUAUGUGGUGAUGAACUGCUACUUGAA